AUGAGGAAGGAUAAUGAGAGCAGCGUGUCCGAGUUCCUCCUCCUGGGGCUCCCCGUCCGGCCAGAGGACCACGCCAUGAUCUCUGCCCUGUUCCUGGCCAUGUACCUGACCACGGUGCUGGGGAACCUGCUCAUCAUCCUGCUCAUCAGGCUGGACUCUCGCCUCCACACCCCCAUGUACUUCUUCCUCAGCCACUUGGCCUUCACGGACAUCUCUUUCUCGUCAGUCACCGUACCCAGGAUGCUGAGGAACAUGCAGGCUCAGGAUCCAUCCAUACCCUAUGCAGAGUGUAUAGCACAGAUGUAUUUCUUCAUAUUAUUCACUGAUCUGGACAACUUCCUCCUCACUUCCAUGGCGUAUGAUCGGUAUGUGGCCAUCUGUCACCCCCUCCACUACACCACCAUCAUGAGAGACGAGCUGUGUAUCUUACUGGUAGCUACGUCCUGGAUCCUGUCCUGUGUCAGUGCUCUGUCUCACACCCUCCUCCUGGCCCGCCUGACCUUCUGUGCCGACAACACCAUUCCUCACUUCUUCUGUGACCUCGCUGCCUUGCUGAAGCUCUCGUGCUCAGACAUCUCCCUCAACGAGCUGGUCAUCUUCACAGUAGGCACAACGGUCAUCACGCUGCCCCUGAUAUGCAUCUUGAUCUCUUAUGGCCGCAUUGGGGCCACCAUCCUCAAAGUUUCAUCUACCAAAGGGAUCUGCAAAGCCUUGUCCACAUGCGGCUCCCACCUCUCAGUGGUGGCUCUGUAUUAUGGUGCAAUUAUCGGACUUUAUUUUAUACCUUCGUCGAGCAGCGACAAGGACAUAGUUGCUUCUGUGAUGUACACAGUGGUCACUCCGUUGCUGAACCCCUUCAUUUACAGCAUAAGGAACAGGGAAAUGAAGGAGGCCUUGAAGAAGCUCUUCAACAGGGCGGCAAUCUCAACUUAA